GCCAGGAGGCGAUUCGCCACCUACUGCCAACGCCGCCGCCGCAGUCGCCGUCCGUCCGUCCGUCGCAUCGUACGCGUCCGUAACCCUCUCGAUUUUUUUUAUUUAUUUUAACAACGACGAUAACAACAAUAAAUAGUACAAAAAACAACGACUCGAGGUGUCCUUCCACCCUGCCGUCGCGAGACGAACAGUCGUCAAGUACUGUUUCAGCCGUGAACCCUAAGAAACAGACGCCGAGGCAGUCCGACCAUGGCGUCGAGCGGCAACAUGGAGCAGGAGGAGCGCAGCCUGCGCGAGUGCGAGGAGUACGUGCAGCGACACGGCAUCCAGGCCGUGCUCAAGCAGUGCAUCGUGCAGCUGUGCAUCGCACGCCCCGAGCGACCGAUGCAGUUCCUGCGGGAGCACUUUGAGCGCCUCGAAAAGGAGGAGGCGAAGCAGUUCCUGUCGCGGCGCAUGUCCAACUCGCUGUCCGACUCGUGGGAGGAGGAAAUCUCCCCGCCGCCGCCGAACCCCGUGGUGAAGGGGCGCAGCCGCCGCAUGGCGUUCAGCGCCGAGGUGUACACGGAGGAGGACGCCGCGUCCUACGUGCGCAAGGUGAUACCGAAAGAUUACAAGACCAUGGCUGCACUCUCCAAAGCCAUCCAAAGAAACGUGCUGUUCUCCCACCUGGAUGAUAAUGAGCGCAGCGACAUCUUCGACGCGAUGUUUCCCGUCACCCACAUCGCCGAUGAAACGGUCAUUCAGCAAGGUGAUGAGGGAGAUAACUUCUACGUUAUAGACCAGGGAGAAGUUGACGUGUACGUGAAUGCCGAGCUGGUGACGAGCAUCGGCGAGGGCGGCAGCUUCGGCGAGCUGGCGCUCAUCUACGGCACGCCCCGCGCCGCCACCGUCAAGGCCAAGACUGACCUCAAGCUGUGGGGCAUUGACCGCGACAGCUAUCGCCGCAUCCUCAUGGGCAGCACGCUGAGGAAGAGGAAGAUGUACGAAGAGUUCCUCAGCAAGGUCUCCAUCCUCGAGUCUUUGGACAAAUGGGAGCGUCUGACUGUGGCCGAUUCCCUUGAGCCUGUGCAGUUUGAGGACGGCCAAAAGAUCGUGGUGCAAGGAGAGCCGGGAGAUGACUUCUUCAUCAUCACCGAGGGCUCGGCCGCGGUGCUGCAGCGUCGCUCGGAGAACGAAGAGUUCGUCGAGGUGGGAAGACUCGGGCCGUCCGACUACUUUGGCGAGAUCGCGCUGCUGCUCGACCGGCCGCGCGCCGCCACGGUGGUGUCGCGGGGGCCGCUCAAGUGCGUCAAGCUGGACCGGCCGCGCUUCGAGCGCGUCCUGGGUCCCUGCUCGGACAUCCUCAAGCGCAACAUCCAGCAGUACAACAGCUUCGUGUCGCUCUCCGUCUGAGACGUCAAGCUGCUGCUGCCGCCGGCGCUGCUGGUGGUGGACCCCGUUGCUCCUUUCAAGCCACCGCCACCUCCUGCCCCUGCCCCCCCUGGCCUCUCCCCCCCCGGCCCCCCCUUCCCACACCGUCAUUUUCUGCUCCUCCACCUCCUUGCCGCCGUGCGUCCGAUGGCGGCGGGGCGAUCGAACGGAAGCCGUCCGACGCCGAAGCUUGCCCACGAGUUGCUGGCACAGGCGCUGUCGGCACGGGGGGGGCGGGGUGGGGGGGGAUGGACGUCGACUGUUGGUGCACGCCGGUAGUUGCAUGCGGCGCGGGAGGAUUUAGGCGUCGUGGCGAUUUGUCAACCGCUGACCGCCAACCCCUCCCCUCCCCCCCACCGAUCGCCGCCUCGUGACUCGUUUGUGUUAUCCGUCUCGUCUGUACCGCCCGGCUCGUAAUUCCUUUCUCUCGUUUGUUCCGUUGGUCUCGUGUUCGGUUCUGUUGGGCGUCUCAGGAUGAUUUUGCCGUGAAUUGGGCGACGACGACAAGGAUUGUAUCGUUUGUGUUUGUCGUACCUGCCGCGUCAUUUCUACGAUUGACACGUUGCGCUGUCCGUAAUCUCCGCCGCGCUAGCAACCGUGUCCCCGCGGUGCCGGCGUUUCUGUCCCGCUGGCCUCGUCUCGUCGUACGUUUCGUCUCCCCCCGCUGCUGUCUGUGCCUCAUUCUCUCGUGUCAUCGGCGCUGUCCGUCUUGCACCGUCGCCUUUGUCGCUGGCUCCGUUUUUGUGUCGUCCGCCUUUCGGGUUUUUUUUUCUCACAUUUUGUUCCCCCUAUCCUGAGAGUCAAACAUUUGACGGUUGUUUUCGUUGCGCAGGUAAACAACGGAUUCUUCCGCUCACCGUUCAAAGCGUUUUAAUUUGAGCGUGAGAAUCGAUUGUUGACUGGAUGAUGACUCUCCACCGAUCUACGCGACUCAAAUCCACACCAUCCCAGCUCCAGUCGUUUCAUCCCCCACACGCUCUGGAAAUUCACUCAUCCACGUCCUGGAAAUUUACCCAUUCACUGUGGAAAUUCACCCCCCACCCUCUUUUUUAAUUCAUUCAGCUGCAUCGCUCGCACGUAUUGCGAGGGCCUAUGACGCUCUCCAAUAUGAUCUAUCUCUUAAUUUUUUUUGACAUUCUUAAAAAAAAUAGGAACUUGAUCCUCGCAUUUUUUUUUUGUGUCUAAGCAAAGAUGCCAGCUGUUGGCGUGAUAACUCCUCCGGAGUUCCGGGUACACUGGGAGAUCUAAUCUCACGGAGCAGAAACCACCUGCACAGAGAUAUUGUGCACAUUACCAAAGGUAUCUGAAUCAGUUUUACAAUGCUUUUUACUGACACGGAGCGUCAUGCCCUGCCAUACCUCGUGUGGGCUAUUGUGCUUGCUCGGGCGAUAUAAGGGCUUUAUUGGGCCGCGGCUAUCAAAUCAACUUUGCGCUCUUGACCAUCUUCGCAUGCAAGCUGCGGUGCCGAUGGCUUCAGGGUUGAAAACCCAUCUUUGGCUAAGUGUCACUCGAGGUGAAGUGUGGCCACACCUGACGGUGAUCCGAUCCGCACCUCUGCCGCUCCUCGUAGUUCUGGCUGGCCGGGCUUCACAGGCGAAGGGAGUUUUGACAGAGUUCCCAAGGAAUUUUUCACGAGCGUGCGUGCCAUUAGUAGCACGGAGCGCAGGACACGGAGCGAUGGAAAGGAGGGCAUUUAUUUUUUGCCAAGUUGGGGGGGUGGUGAGGAACCGGGGGUGGGGGGGGGUGCGUGGGCGUGCUUGCAUUUAAAGUGAACACAACGUGUCUUUGCAGUUAUUGGGCCGUAAUCUGAAGGGUAAAGCUGGGGUUAAGGUCGCUAACCCUUACCACAAUAAUCCGUGUUCUCAAUUUGAACCACGCUUCGCGAUAGCGAAGCCGACUUUGGCAGUCUGUUGCCAUUCGCCGGUCUCGGGGCAGUUUUUUUGUUGUUGUUUAGCGCUUGCACGCUUGCACGCUAGCGUGUCGCUCCCCCCUCCCCCCCCCCCCCGUCUCUUCGCGUGGAGAGAGAGAUGGUCGGGGGGCGUUCGACACGCGCACCGUCGUACCGUACUUCACGCACGCCCUGCGCGCGGAACCCGAAGCUCCCUCGGGGCUCACUGUUCGGACUCUUUGGCUUCUGCUGGAGUGCGCGUGUGCCCCCAUUGACCUUGCUCGCAUGACAUUUUCUUACCCCAAAUUUGUUUUAGCACCCUCACCUCUCGGCGGGUGGGGGGUGUAGCGUGUUGUUCGCCCAUGAAGUCAUAAAAGACGGGUCCGAGCCGUCGAUGAGCAAGCGCGCGAGUUUUUGCUCCCCACACACCAGGCAGGAGGAGGCGUAAGAGCCGUCGACAUCGCCAGUUGGGCCUCGCAGUGGCAAGGUGCCGACUACCUCGCCUGGUACACAUGAGGGUCGUGGGCUCGAUCCUGACCCUGGCACCUGUUGUGUGUUGGGAGUUUUGCACGUCGCUCUGCCCGUCGCCGCGUGAAAUUUGCGUCCCGGUCCUCCGGUUUUUCCCCUCCGCGCUUCAGAGUGAUUUGGCUACUGCUUUGAAUCCCCGCACGACCGACGAUGAACCCACUUCGUUGAGCUGUCAUUUGUGAUGGCCAGGGCGCUUCUAAAAACAAUAAAAGACCCACAUUGCCUUACCUGGUAAUCUAAGAAUUAGUUUUAUCAGCAAUGACGCGCGCAAGCCUCUCUCGCGCACGAUCGAUUAUUUUCUUGCGUCGUGAUCCAUUGUGACGCUGCUGUUACCCCCACCCCCCGCGGUGAGACUCCUCCGUGGUGGCUCACGUUCAUUUUUUUUUCCUCUCAAGACGCACGUGAUCACGGGAAACGUGCGUAGCCUACGGUUUGUUGAGUUUUCCUCUGCGUCUUGUGGUGGUUUCCCAGUCCCCCCCUCACGGCCCCCCCCCCCCCGCCGCCACCCAAGCCCCCCCCCCACCGCCACCGCUUCUAUAAAAUAAGAAUCACGACGCUCGUUGCAUCGAGCGACAUACUCCGGCGCGUCGGUUUUAUUCCGCUCGUUUUAAGUUGCUUUUGCGUUCUACUUAUUUGCGUUCCUAUUAAUCCAUAAGGUCCGGGUUCGUACGCGAAGUAUGUUGAUAAUUGAUAAUACGUAGUAAUAAUAAUAAUAAUCAUUCAGCGUCGCUGCUUAUUUCUCCCUCCCCCAUUUCAAGCUCCGCUCUCGUGCGCGUUGCGCACAUCGCCUCCGCUACCCGAGCGACCGAUCGAUUGCGCGCGCAACGCAAUCGCUUCACUCUACCAUAGUCACAAUCCCACCGCGACUGCUUUGUCCACGUGCGUGCGCGGAGUAGUUGUGCAACGGGGAACUUGCACGGUGCACGUUCAGGGUCGUGACAACCGAUCGCGGCGGCGGCGGCGGCCCAAGUGUGACCAAGGGCAUCUUGCCGCGUGCCCGGAGCGUGCGCCAACCCGGUAGGCGGAGACUGUGGCAACGUAGGCGAUGCGUUGUUGCGCAACUGAUGGCCCCCCCCCCGGGUGUGCCACCUGGGUUCACGUGUGGCGGGGCGCGCACGUUUCACAAGCGAGCCGGCGCUGAAGGUUUUAAACUCACUCCCCCUUUUGGCCUUUGCACGGCAAGAAGGCAGAUUUCGCCGCGUUUGGAGCGAAUCCCUUCAUCCCGUGCGCCUUUGGAGCUCUCUCCUUUUGGUUGUGCAUGCAGUGUCUUGUGUGUGUGUGUGCGUAAGAGCGCGUCUGUGUGUGUGUGCGCGUGCGUAAGAGCGCGUGUGUGUGCGUGCAUGUGUGUGUGUGUGCGUGUGUGUGUGAGCGCGCGUGUGAGCGCGCGUGUGUGUGCGCGCGUGUGUGUGUGUGCGCGUGUGUGUGUGAGCUUGUGUGUGUGUGUGUGAGCGUGUGUGUGUGUGCGUGCGUAUGUGUGUGAGCGCGUGUAUGUGUGAGCGCGUGUGUGUGUGAGCGCGUGUGCGUGUGAGCGCGUGUGUGUGUGCGAGCGCGUGUGUGUGUGCGUGCGUGUGUGUGUGUGUGUGAGCGCGCGCGUGUGUGUGUGAGCGCGUGUGUGUGUGCGUGCACUUCGGUGGCGAGCGGUAGUGUUGCAGUGAGCGCGCUGCACUACGGAUCCGGCUGCCCUAGUUGGAUUCCUGGCUCACGGCCAACACCAGUGACAAAUAUCUGAACCGGUCAUGGGCAUCCCCUAGGUCGACUCGGCCUCAUGAGUACCUGGUGCGGUGUUUCAACAUCGCCACUGGGGAGACAAAGGCGGCGUGGGGGGUGGCCUCUCAAAUUCCGUUAAAGGCUAUACACGGGGGAAACUUUGUGUCUGUACGACCAUGAGCUGGUGCCCGCGUGUUUAUUGUACGACGAGAGGUAGUGUGUUUAUAAUUGACCAAUGCGUUGCGUUUGUAUGACCUGUUUAUUGACGCUUAAUCCUUGUCAAUGUGUGUGUGUGCGUGCGUGCAUGCGUGUUUGUGUGUGCAUGCGUGUGUGUGUGUGUGCAUGCGUGUUUGCGUGCGUGCGUGUGUGUGUGUGCGUGCGUGUGUGUGUGUGCGUGCGUGUGUGUGUGUGCGUGCGUGUGUGUGUGUGCGUGCGUGCGUGCUUUAUGGCGAGCGACGGUGCGCGGUGUCGAUUGCAGCGACGUGUGUCGCUACAGACCGGGCGCUGUCCCGCAACAUCCAGCGGCAAUCGACGAGUUGGAACCUGACCUGCCCUGACCUGGGCCUGGGCCUGGCUCUCGUUCAGGUCAACUCGGCCUGAAACACGAGUUGACUACCCGGUGCAAAUCGGCGCGAGCGCGGACGCGUAAAUAUAAAUGUCGUGUCGUUGAACCCGCCACCACCACCCGACACAGCCGACCAGUAAGGUUUGUCGCGUAAACAAAACGUGGCAAUCGGUUACUAGUUAGGCACAGCGGUGUGUUGGAGAGUUAAGCCCACUGCAGCAUUUACAGUCUGACUACUGUAACGUUUCGCCGGUAAUCGCAACAACCAGCAUCAUCAGGCGACAGCCAACACACAACCCGUGUGCUGAACCAGUCGCGAAUUUGCACAUUUUGCUUACGGUGACGAACCUCGCUGAUUGGGCAGUGUCGGGUGGUGGUGUCGGGUUUAAUGCCGCAUCUAUACUUACGCGAUCUAAUCCCCCCCCCAAAAAAAAACCUCUUACGAAUCAUAUUGGUCGCGGCAGCCCGACUACGUGAUAGAACCGUGCAAUGCAGCCCUCGUCACCCAUUAGUGCUGUGCCUGGCUUUUUAAUUGAUAUCUACUCGUUAACCGCCCCCCCCUACCCCCCCAAUGCCUUUCCGAUAGUUUAUCCGGCGUAAAAGUGUGGGGGGGGGGGGGGCGGUGGAACCUUCGUCCCCUAUUCGCGAGACGUCCUCUUUGUAUCGCGUGUGUGCAUCGUGCUUACUGGCGGAUGUGUGUGCGGGGGGCGUGGGGGGGGAGGAGAACGCUAGUAAGCGUGCGCUAGUAAGUGGUAAGGAGCGGUGUAAGUGGUUAAUGAAGAUUUUUUUUUUUAAAUCAAACGAUAUAUAAUGACAAGAAGAGGGGUAGAAGGGACGAGGGGGUUUCGGGUGAAACAUGAGGACACGUGGGGGACCAGGCGAUAUUUUUUUUUUAAAUUGUGCGGUUUUCGCGCGCGUCCAGAGCCUCUACCCGCGCAGAACGAAGUAUUGCCGUGGGGCGCACCGUUGCUUUUCUUAUUCUUCUCCUGCCCUGCCCCUCCUUGGCCGCUCGUCAAUAAUUGGGACCUCUGUUUUGAAACUCUGGCUGAUGUCGCAAAGUCUUACGCGCUUGGUUGAGUUUGCUCGCUCGCUGUGCGCGAGUGAGUGAGUGUGUGUACGCUGUAUAUAUAUAAACAAAUAUAAACCGUACCAUGAUGAAAAAUAAAAGGGUUACAAAAGA